CAAAUUCGUCGUUGGAGUAUUUAACAUUGAUUAUAUUACCGCAUUUUCUCUUGCAAUGUGAGGAGCAUCUGUCUACAGUCUACAGCCUCAACUAGCCCGCAUUACUCUAUUUGUUGAACAUUUUUUUCGAGGAUUGUAAACAGUACUACGCACGCUACAUCCAAGUAAAAACAACACUGUAACUGCAAACAACUUUUCUGCAACUUUUCUGCAAUCUCUCCUCGAUCUUGACCAUGACGUCCCUACUUAAGGUUUUCGCCGUUCUCUCCUCUCUGCACUUUGUUGUGCAGCACUUCUGCGACGUGAUGACUUCUUCUGGUGUGCUCAUGCACGUGCAGGGACUGCAGCUGUCCGGGACGGGGAAAAAAGGAAAGCGGUCCGCUUCUGCCGGCCCGACCGUCGGACGUCGACUACCCCCGCUGCUGGUGGGAAACGGAAAUGCAGGACGGCAAAAUCAGCUCGCAGCUGCACCUGCUCGCUCUACUUCACCUACUGCUAACCCUGCUGCUGUUGCUAGGAGUGCUAUCUCCGAUUCCGCUGGUGCCGCUUCGUCUGGUGCCGCUUCGUCUGGUGCUAGUACAGGUGAACGUGAAGGUGAAGCCCCAGAAACAUGUAUUAUUUGUCUGCAACCGGAGAGGGGCGACGAAGACGGACAGUUAAAACCGAUGUGCACAUCUCCAUCUGGGGCGCCGCACCUUGUGCAUAAGAAGUGUGGAAAAGAGUGGGGCGCUAGAGCAAGUACUUGUCCCAUGUGCCGCGGGCCGUUGCAGGAGGAAAUGCGGGAUCCUCGUCGUCCACCAUCCGCAAUCCCAAUCGAUUCUACUACUACUACUAGUCCACGGCCGCGGGAAGACGAACGGACGAUGAUGGGGAUGGAAGAUCGAGAUUUGCAUAGGUUUUUUCUUCGUAUUGAAAGUCAAAAUUAGAUUCGUGAAAGUCGCCUUUAGAGAUGACAUUUACAACGCUUUCGCUGUCGUACUCGAUCUUCUCGCCGCUCAUUUUGAAAUCUUCACCUGCUUGUCAAUUGCAGGAUUGUAUGAUUAUUGUCUGAGCUAUUUCUCCAAGAGGACCACGAGCACGACCACGCUGGGACAGGAGGAAGUUUUGAUUACCCAAACGCAGAGUCAAAUUUAUUUUUUAGCCCUAUCAUCCAAGGCCAUGCAUUGGGAUAUCUCGUGUACCUGUACAAUGAAGUCGUGUAUUUUUUUUCUCAAACGGACGGCCAUGCAGGUGCUUAUCGCCAUGUAAAAGCUACUUCUUAUCGCCAUGUAAAAAUCCCGUCAGGGUCAGCGCUACAACACUAGUAAAAAGUCAUGAAACUAUCAGGACUGAUUUUUGGUCACAGGCAAAAUAUUCGACCAGUAGGCUCCUGCGCCGUCUUUUCCUCAUGAAAGCGGUGGGAGAUGCGGGUGAGGUUAGUAUUGAUGGGUCGAGUAGGUAGUGAAGACAAAAAACGGCUUUUGUGAAGAUUGCGCCCUUCCCGGGGAUGAAGCAAGUGAGCUGCUUGCGCUAUGAUGGGAGUCAAUUAAACACAACAUAUCGCGUCAUGUAUUAUUUGAUUGUGGAUGUGCGAUCCUCAUCCUUUUGUCGUAUGAAAAACAAAAAGUAUUGGUAUUCAUGUGCCGUUCUUGCACCGUGACCUAGAUCAAGUUCGAAAUCCAGAUCCUCUACUAGCAUAAAGAAAAUGCAACCGCUAGAGAAAGCCAGUAGCCCCAGAAGAUUUUUCGAUCCAGAUACGAUGCAAGGUUGGGUCUUGCAACAU